AUGGCGGACACGAAGUUUAAAAAAUACUUCUCAAAAAAUGCUGAAAAAUCGGACAAGAAAGAAAAAGAUGACGAAGAAUAUUUGAAGAGAGGCCGAGACAAGAAAAAACCUUUAAGCCCGGAGGACUCUUACGAAUAUUUGAGGAAAUGUCUAAAGGCGAACUGUUGUAACUGUUGCUACAGUCUGUUGUCGUUCUUCAAGGAGUUGUUCAAAGCUGUUGGCGGAGACCAGAACAACAAAUUGUGUGAUGUCCUCGGUGAUAUGAGCGACCUCUUCCUCGCUAUAGUCAGUGACUGCUUCUUUCUGUUGAAGCGCUGUUGUUUCUGUGUUAUCGAGAGUGUUGUUCCCACAAAUAAAAAAGAGACAUAA